AUGAAGUCGCCAUAUCUCGGCAUACUGCAUCUAUUAAUGCUGAGCACCUGGAAAGCAGCUCUUGCGUCUAGUGUUGGGCCAUUUUCAGAUAGAUGGUCCACAUGGAACGCAUCAAUGCUUGCUCUUCAACCCACUAGGUGUCAGCUCUACCAAAUUUCGAAAUUCGUUUCCGGAAAAAGCCUUAGCAAGAAGUUACUACAGCAGACCUUACAACUCGUUCUUCUCGGCCUGGAUUUGCUACACCAGGCAGGCGUUAUACACAGGGAUAUAUCACCUAAUAACAUACUACUACGGGUUCAAGACACAUCAGUAUUCUCGGAAGUUGAGCAAAACGAUAUUAAGCGCCCAAUUGCACGCAAAAUUCUCUCGGAUCGUGUUAUUUACCUUUCUCAUCUAUUACCUAUCACUUACGGGCCGCCGGUGAUUUGUGACUUUGGUGCUGCUAAGAUAGGGAGUAGGUUUCACGGAAAUGUCAUGCCUGGCGUUUACCGCGCUCCAGAAAUUAUUAUGGGCAUGGAGUGGGAUUCCAAAAUAGACAUAGGGUCUGUUGGAGUCAUUAUCUGGGAUUUGUUCGAAGGGGGGAGGUUGUUUCGCACGGUGAAAGACGGAAAUCUAAAUAAUGAACAGCACCUAGCCGAAAUAGUUUCCCUCAUAGGAAACCCACCAAGAAAAUUCUUGGAACAAAGCGAGAACUGUCGCCAGUACUGGGACGCUGACGAGAGGGAAAUCGGUAGUGCACUCAAGGCAUGGCAAAUGAUUAGGAUACAAAAGAGAUGGUCGAAACAUCAACAAUAA